AUGGCGCACACCCUCCCUGUCUAUGUCCAGGAGCACUUCCAGGUGAGCGGGACUCGGGCGCGGGACCACAGGUGUGGACACGCUCGGGUGCUGUCGCCGCAGCCCGUUGCCCGCAGGCGGCGGGGCCGGGAGUCCGGAGAGGCGGGGACCCAGCUGGUGCCCGAGCGCCCGCGUCCGGCUCCUGCGAGCUGCGCGCUCCGGUUCCCACCCAGACUUUCGGACCCUGAGGCCUGCUGGAAUCUUUCUGCGUCCUGCGUCCUCACACCUGAGUUUGCGUCUGCGGUCUGCAGUAGUGCUCAGGGCGACUUUGAGGGCGCGGGCUGUGAACAGGUGUCACCCAAGAACGAACUCCAAAACCUUGGAAUUAAUCCAGCCAACAUUGGAUUCAGCACACUGAGCAUGGAAUUGGACAAGUUCGUAUGUGUCCGGGAGAAGGUUGGUGAGCAGACACAGGUGGUGAUCAUCGACCUGGGCAACCCAACGGCACCGCUUAGACGGCCCAUCUCUGCUGAGAGUGCCAUCAUGAACCCAGCCUCGAAGGUGAUAGCUCUUAAAGCUGGGAAGACACUUCAGAUCUUCAAUAUUGAAAUGAAGAACAAGGUGAAGGCUUACACCAUGGCAGAAGAGGUGGUUUUCUGGAAGUGGGUUUCUGUGCACACGGUGGCCUUGGUGACUGAGACCACAGCCUACCACUGGAGCAUGGAGGGCGACGCCCAGCCCGUGAAGAUGUUUGAGAGACACGCCAGCCUGGCCGGGUGCCAGGUGGUCAACUACCGGACUGACGAGAGCCACAAGUGGCUGCUGCUCAUGGGCCUCUCGGCGCAGCAAAACCGUGUGGUUGGGGCAAUGCAGCUCUACUCUGUGGACAGGAAGGUCUCACAACCCAUAGAAGGCCAUGCCGCUGCUUUCGCAGAGUUCAAGGUCGAGGGGAACACCACGCCUGCCACCCUCCUCUGCUUCGCUGUGCGUGGUCCUGCAGGAGGCAAGCUGCACAUCAUUGAAGUCGGGCAGCCUGCAGCAGGAAACCAGCCUUUUGUAAAGAAAGCCAUGGGUGUGUUCUUCCCUCCGGAGGCGCAGACUGAUUUUCCAGUGGCUAUGCAGGUUGGAGCUAAACACGGUCUCAUCUACCUGGUCACAAAGCACAGCUAUCUGCACGUGUACGACCUGGAGUCCAGUGUGUGCCUCUGCACGAGCCAUAUUAGUGCCGACACAGUCUUUGUGACUGCUCCCCACGAACCGACCUCUGGGAUUAUUGGCGUCAACAAGAGGGGACAGGUGCUGUCUGUCUGUGUUGAGGAAGACCACAUCGUGAAUUACACAGCUGACAUCCUUCAGAACCCAGACCUGGCUCUUCGUCUGGCUGUCCGUGGCAACCUGCCGGAGGCAGAGGAGUUGUUUGUGAGAAAAUUCAACACGCUCUUCGCAGAGGGCAGCUACGCGGAAGCCACCAAAGCAGCAGCGUCUGCACCGAAGGGACUCCUGCGGACAAGUGACACAGUUCACAAGCUCCAGAGUGUGCCCGCCCAGCCUGGCCAGGCUUCCCCUUUGCUCCAGUACUUUGGAAUCCUGCUCGACCAGGGUCAGCUCAAUAAACCUGAAUCCUUGGAACUCUGCCGUCCAGUUCUUCAGCAGGGGCGCAAGCAGCUCUUAGAGAAGUGGCUGAUGGACGACAAGCUGGAGUGCUCAGAAGAGCUCGGCGAUCUGAUCAAAACUGCUGACUCUACACUGGCGCUGAGCAUGUACCUUCGGGCAAAUGUGCCAAACAAAGUGAUCCAGUGUUUUGCAGAAACAGGCCAAUUCCAAAAAAUUGUGCUGUAUGCCAAAAAGGUAUCUAUAGGCACCGAGCCCCCAGACUGGAUCUUGCUGCUGAGGAGUGUGAUGAGGGCCAGUCCAGAGCAGGGUCUGCAGUUCUCUCAGACGCUGGUGCAGGGUGAGGAGCCACUGGCUGACCUUGACCAAAUUGUGGACAUUUUCAUGGAAAAUGGUUUAAUUCAGCAGUGUACAUCCUUCCUGUUGGAUGCCCUGAAGGACAAUCACCCAGCAGAGGGGCACCUGCAGACUCGGCUGCUGGAGAUAAACCUGAUCCACGCACCCCAGGUUGCCGAUGCCAUUCUUGGAAAUCAGAUGUUUACUCAUUACGAUCGGGCCCACAUCGCCCAGCUGUGUGAGCAGGCCGGCCUCCUGCAGCGGGCACUGGAGCACUACACCGACCUCUGCGACAUCAAGAGGGUCCUCGUCCACAUGCACCUGCUCAACCCUGAGUGGCUUGUCGGCUUCUUUGGCUCCUUGUCGCUGGAGGAUUCUGUGGAGUGUCUGUGUGCCCUGCUGUCCCCAAACAUCAGACAGAACCUCCAGCUGUGUGUGCAGGUGGCCUCUCAGUACCACAAGCAGCUGGGCACACAGUCCCUGGUGGAGCUCUUUGAGUCCUUCAAGAGUUACGAAGGCCUCUUCUACUUCCUGGGCUCCAUCAUCAACUUCAGCCAAGACCCAGACGUGCACCUGAAAUACAUCCAGGCUGCCUAUAAGACAGGGCAGAUCAAGGAGGUGGAGAGGGUCUGCCAAGAGAGCAGCUGCUACAACCCGGAGCACGUAAAGAACUUCCUGAAGGAGGCCAAGCUCACAGACCAGCUUCCCCUCAUCAUCGUGUGUGACAGGUUCAACUUUGUGCACAACCUCGUCCUGUAUUUAUACCGCGACCAUCUGCAAAAGUACAUUGAGACCUACGUCCAGAAGGUCAACCCUAGCCGGACCCCUGCUGUGGUUGGAGGGCUGCUUGACGUGGACUGUCCUGAGGAGGUGAUUAAGAACUUACUCAUGGCAGUGAGAGGACGGUUCUCCACGGAUGAGCUAGUGGCUGAAGUAGAAAAAAGAAAUCGGCUCAAGUUGCUGCUUCCCUGGCUGGAGUCCCGAGUUCAGGAGGGCUGUGAAGAGCCCACCACUCACAACACACUCGCAAAAAUCUACAUUGAUAGCAAUGAGAACCCUGAGCGCUUCCUGAGGGAGAACCCUCACUACGACAGCCGCGUGGUGGGCCGGUACUGUGAGAAGCGGGACCCCCACCUGGCUUGCAUUGCCUAUGAGCAGGGCCAGUGUGACCUGGAGCUCAUCAAGGUCUGCAAUGAGAACUCUCUGUUCAAAAGCGAGGCCCGCUACCUGGUGCACAGGAAGGACCCGAUCCUCUGGGCUCGUGUCCUCGAGGAGACUGACCCAUCCAGGAGACAGCUGAUUGACCAGGUGGUACAAACAGCAUUGGCAGAAACACAGGACCCUGAGGAGGUCUCAGCCACUGUCAAAGCCUUUAUGGCAGCUGACCUGCCUAAUGAACUAAUUGAGCUGCUGGAGAAGAUUGUUCUGGAAAACUCCAUCUUCAGUGAGCACAGGAAUCUCCAGAACCUGCUGAUUCUGACCGCCAUCAAGGCAGACCGCUCACGUGUCAUGGAGUACGACAGCCGCCUAGACAACUAUGAUGCCCCAGACAUGGCCAGCAUCGCCCUCAGCAGCGGGCUGCAUGAGGAGGCCUUCGCCAUCUUCGGCAAGUUUGACGAGAACACCUCAGCAGUCCAGGUCCUGAUCGAGGACAUCGGAAGCCUAGACCGAGCCUAUGAGUUUGCAGAGAGAUGCAGUGAGCCUGCCGUGUGGAGUCAGCUGGCUCGAGCCCAACUCCAGAGAGACUUGGUGAAGGAAGCCAUUGACUCCUUCAUCAGAGCGGACAACCGUUCCUCUUGCGUGGAAGUUGUGCAGGCGGCCAGCAGGAGCAACAACUGGGAGGACCUAGUUAAAUUCCUGCAGAUGGCCAGGAAGAAGGGCCGUGAGUCUUACGUAGAGAUAGAACUUAUGUUUGCCUUGGCUAAAACCAGCCAUCUGUCUGAACUGGAAGAUUGUAUCAGUGGACCCAACAACGCCCAUGUCCAGCAGGUCGGAGACCGCUGCUACAAGGAGGGCAUGUACGAGGCCGCCAAGCUGCUAUACAGCAGUGUCUCUAACUUUGCCCUCCUGGCGUCCACCCUAGUCCACCUCGGCGAGUAUCAGGCAGCUGUGGACAGCAGCCACAAGGCCAAUAGCACACAGACCUGGAAGGAGGUGUGCUUUGCCUGCAUGGACGGACAGCAGUUCAACCUUGCACAGCUAUGUGGCCUUCACAUCGUCAUUCACGCUGAUGAGCUAGAGGAACUGAUUCACUACUACCAGGACCAGGGCUAUUUUGAGGAGCUAAUCUCGCUGCUGGAGGCAGCCCUCGGCCUGGAGCGAGCCCACCUGGGCAUGUUCACAGAGCUAGCCAUCCUGUACUCCAAGUUCAAGCCGCAGAAGAUGUCGGAGCACCUGGAGCUCUUCUGGUCUCGCAUCAACAUCCCCAAGGUGCUGAGAGCUGCAGAGCAGGCCCACCUCUGGGCAGAGCUGGUAUUCCACUAUGACAAGUACGAGGAGUAUGACCAGGCUGUGCUCACCAUCAUCACCCACCCCACUGAGGCCUGGAGAGAAGGUCAGUUCAAGGACCUCGUCACCAAUGUUGCCAAUGUCGAGCUGUGUUACAGAGCCCUGCAGUUCUAUCUGGAUUACAAGCCUCUGCUCAUCAAUGACCUGCUGCAGGCACUGUCUCCCCGGCUGGACCACACCCGCACAGUCAGGUUCUUCUCAGAGGUAGGCCAGCUGCCCCUGGUGAAGCCUUAUCUGCGGUCAGUCCAGAGCCACAACAACAAGAGUGUGAACGAGGUGCUCAACCACCUGCUGACAGAAGAGGAGGAUUAUCAGGGCUUAAGGGCAUCUGUCGACGCCUAUGACAACUUUGACCAUAUUGGCUUGGCUCAGCAGCUGGAGAAGCAUGAGCUGAUGGAAUUCCGGCGCUUCGCAGCCAACCUGUAUAAGGGCAGUAAUCGGUGGGCCCAGAGUGUGGAGCUCUGCAAGAACGAUCGUCUCUACAAGGAUGCCAUGUGGCAUGCAGCAGAAUCUCGGGAUGUGGAGCUGGCUGAGAAUUUACUGUGGUGGUUCCUGGAGGAAGGCAGACAGGAGUGCUUCGCAGCCACGCUCUUCACCUGCUACGACCUGCUCCACCCGGACGUGGUGCUGGAGCUGGCCUGGAGACACAGUGCCAUGGACUCUGCCAUGCCUUACUUCAUCCAGGUGAUGAGGGAGUACCUGAGUGAGGUGGACAGGCUGUAUGCCUCGGAGAGUCUGCAGAAGGCAAAGGCGCAUGGGGCAGAGCCCAUGCCACUCAUGUUUGAUUUUGAUGGGCAUGAGUGAGACCCAGCUGGUUGAGCUGAG